CUAGGAAGAUUCACUGCUCCAAACUCAUCCAGUCAUUUGAUAAUAAAUUAAAUGGCUGGCUUCAGAAGAAUUUGGAUCAAGCUGGACGUUUGGUGCUCAUCAAGCAUGUUUUGAAUACUCUUCCUAACUAUUUCUUGGCAGUCAAUACCAUUCCCAAGGCCAUCUCUCAUUUGCUUGACCAGAAAAUGGCCAGAUUCUGGUGGGGUGGUGGUAACAGACAUCACUGGAUUAGCUGGGAGAAGCUCUGUUUCCCUAAGGAAGAGGGGGGUCUUGGCAUUAGAGAUCUCAAAAGCCUGGAGGACUCAUUCAGCCUUAAACUUUGGUGGAAAUUCCACCAAGACAAUGGUCUUUGGGCUAGGCUAAUGAGGUCCAAGUACUGGAGGGAGGGGGAUAUUUGGGAGGCCUUGACUGAUUCCCCAGUCUGGAAAAGGAUUUCUAGGAUUGAUGAAAUUGCUUCUAAUGCUUGUGCUGUCAAUGAGGAUGGAUCAAUGGUUUGGUCUCUUGAGGCAAAUGGUUCUUUUUCCCUCAAAUCUGCCUUUGAUUUUUGCAGGCCUUCUUCUCCCAUUGUGGCCUCUUUCAAAUAUCUUUGGAUGAAACCACAGAAUCCUAAGAUUGAGGAAGUUUGGAAACAUUUUUCUGCCUGCCUUGGUUUCUUGCACAGAUUCUCCUCCUCCAUCAAUCAACAUUUCAUGGAUUGGUGGCUGAGAGGAAAUUGCAACAACAUCUAUGGAUUUCUUCGUAUGCAUCUCCCGGGUAUCAUUUGUUGGCAUAUCUGGAAGGAACUUAAUGCUAUCAUUCAUGAAGGUAAAACUGAUUUCUCCUCAAGAACUCUCAAUGAUUCCAUAUCUAUGUUUGUGAGGCAAUGGUUGGCUGCUAAAAUUCCCAAAAAGCUUAAGGGUGCAGAUGCUUGGCUCAAUGAGAAGAAGUUACUGCCUUUCUUCCCUAAGGCCCAUAAAAUUCGAGUUGUUAAGUGGUUAGCUCCUCCUAAGGGGCGCCUCAAGCUUAACAUUGAUGCAUCCUUCACCUCUGGGUCCAAACGUGGUGCAGUGAUUCUUCGAGAUGAUGAGGGCAGAUUUGUGCGUGCGUCUUCCUUUUCAGUCUCUGGUUCAUCCCCCUACCAAGCCGAACUAGACGCCUCCAUCAAAGGUAUUAAAUGGGCUCUCAACUUUCAUUAUCUUCUUGUUUAUGAAACUGAUGCCUUGGAGAUUUUGAAGAGAAUUGGAUAUUACACGUAUUACACUCAUUCUCCUUUUCCGAUAGAUACCUUAGCCAAACUGAUUCAUGAGAAUGACGUCUGGCGCUCACAUACCUUGCGGGAAGCCCCUUUUGGACUAAAGUAUUAACUUGGAAAUCGUAAAAAUUUAAAACUUUUCAAACACUUUUAUUUAUCACAAUAAUAUUUUUUCAUAACAUAUACAGUACGGAGUAUUCAACAAUAUUGCGGAAGCGAAUUAAAAAUUGACAUAUCAUAAUUCAUUUCAAAACUUGUCACAUCCAUCCCGACAAUCUCGCCUCAUCUGCCACCAGGAUCACAUUGUUCUUUCUGUUUACCUGCGUGUAGCAAUUAAAACAUACUACACGCUCAGCGAUAAAGCUGAGUAAGCAUA